CGCUUGCGGCUUUUGCUUUUUUAUGUUUUUCAAGUUGUUAAAGUUGACUGUAAGCGGAAAGUGAAAAAGCAUUGUGCGGCAAUUUUAACAGUGUAAACGUUACGUGUUGUGUUGAAUUGGUUUUAUUUUGUUUUAGUUCGCUUGUUUUGUUUAAUUUGGCGAGUGGUAGGAGCCGCCGGUGGCAGCGCUGGUGGGGAAUCGAUACCGACUGCGGUGGGAGCGGCGAAAGAUAGCAUCGUGAUGGUGCGGCGGUGGGCGCCUGCGCGGACGCGUUGAUCACUCCCCAUGCCGACACCACUCUGCAGUCAGCAGAAAGAUGUCCUAAUAUGGGUUGGUCAUGCAUCGUGGCACGCGUCGUGGCCUUCUUCCUCAUGCUCAACCAAGUCUCGGGUCUCACGUCCGACAUUUUUGCAGCGGGAAAGUCGGACAAAGAGAUAUUGGACAACCUCCUGAAAAACUCCCGCUAUGAUAAAAGACUGCUUCCUCCCGUAGACGAUCCAGAAUUUUGUUGUGGUCUAACAUCGCCCAAUGACUCUCUGGCUCAAAAUAGGGUCGGCCUGUCAUCGCUGCGGCCCCGCUCGCACAAUCGCGGUGUCCUCACCGUAAAUGUUAGCGUGCUACUUCUUAGUUUAGCAUCUCCAGACGAAUCUAGUCUUAAAUAUGAGGUAGAAUUCCUUCUGCAGCAGCAGUGGUAUGAUCCGCGACUGCGCUACUCUAACCAGUCUCACUACGAUUUCCUCAACGCCAUCCAUCAUCACGAGGACAUCUGGCUUCCUGACACCUACUUCAUCAUGCAUGGAGACUUCAAGGACCCAAUAAUACCAAUGCACUUCGCGUUGCGUAUCUAUCGUAAUGGCACUAUAAACUAUUUGAUGCGGCGGCAUCUAAUUUUGUCCUGUCAGGGGCGGCUCAACAUCUUUCCUUUUGAUGACCCAUUGUGUUCAUUUGCCUUAGAAAGUAUAUCAUACGAGCAGUCAGCAAUAACGUACGUGUGGAAAAACGAUGAGGAUACGCUUCGUAAGUCGCCAUCAUUGACGACUUUGAACGCGUAUCUAAUCCAGAACCAAACCAUCGCUUGCCCCAUCAAAGCGAGUUGGAGAGCUGAGGGUAAUUCACUUUACGAAGAAGACGAAGAGCUGACAUGUAAUCUUUGCCAGAGACGGUUUGAGGAGCAAGGUAACUACAGCUGUCUAAAGGUCGACCUGAUUUUUACAAGAGACCGAGCGUUCUACUUUACUACAGUAUUUAUUCCUGGGAUAAUAUUGGUGACGUCCUCGUUUAUCACGUUUUGGUUGGAGUGGAACGCGGUCCCUGCGCGGUCCAUGAUAGGUAAUUACAGCUGUCUGAAGGUGGAUCUCAUCUUCACACGGGAUAGAUCAUUUUACUUCACUACAGUUUUCAUUCCGGGCAUCAUUUUGGUGACCUCAUCGUUUAUUACUUUUUGGCUGGAAUGGAAUGCAGUGCCUGCUAGAGUUAUGAUAGGUGUGACGACGAUGUUGAAUUUUUUCACAACAUCAAAUGGUUUUCGCUCCACCCUGCCCGUGGUGUCCAACCUGACGGCUAUGAACGUUUGGGACGGCGUAUGCAUGUGCUUUAUAUACGCCUCGCUCUUGGAGUUCGUGUGUGUCAACUAUGUGGGAAGAAAACGGCCUUUACACAACGUCGUCUAUAGACCAGGGGAGAAUCCUGUUACUCAGCGACUGCCCGCAGUCCUGAGCAGAAUUGGCAUUAUACUGGCCAGCCCCUUGGAGGCGAUGGCAUUCCUACAAUGGGCUAAAUCAGAUGCGAACGAGCCAGAGACAAGCGGUGCCGGAGACAAAAAGAGAGAGUCGACAGGUGCUGCCGACCUAGUGUCGUGCACUACAUGCACAGGAGCACCAGGUUCCUGCACACAUACUGCCAACAAUGGAGGAGUAUCCGAGCCAUGUUUCGUCCAGGUUCGCAAAAAAGAACCCCCUCAUCCGAUUCGCGUGGCGAAGACGAUUGAUGUCAUCGCGCGCAUCACCUUCCCCACUGCCUACGCCGUGUUUCUGAUCUUCUUCUUUAUACACUACAAGGCCUUUUCUUAAUGCUGCCUCUAUUUUACUUCCCGCUGCAGGCUGCUUCACGUGAACUGGACGUUAUACUUAGAUCUGGUACGAAAGUACUUAUUUCACCGCUCGUGUGAAUUCGAUCGCGCUGCAAGUGACAACCUCCUCAGUGCAGUGUAUUCUAACGAGUGUUGAUGUUGACAUUUGUUGCCAUUGCAAAUUGUGAUGAUUAUUACUUAUUAUAGUGAUAGUAUUUGAUAUUAGUAUAAGGACCAUAAUCAAAGCUGAGAAUAGUUGCAGCUUGCCGUUGUUAAAUAGGACGUCAUUGAAGUAAGAUAUAUCGAUUAGAGACGAAUGCGAAUUUUCUACAAGUUUUGAAAUAGUUUUCAAAAAUAUUCAUAAGUGGAGGAUUACUGAAUGUGGCGUACGAUUUUAUUAGUUUCUUAUCAAUACCAGGAAACUUAUGAUAGGAUAAAGAGGGAUCAAUAAAUUAUAACUGUGAAUAUUCUGCGUCUAUGCAGAUAAUGAUACACGGAACUGCGUGAUGAGUGGUGUUCGAAUGCGCAUCCUAAAAAUGCGGCUGAGAGGCAGUUAGAAUAAAGAAAUCUAUUUCAAACCUUAAGACAGUCCAAAUGUAAAUCAUGCUUUAUGUUCAUGAGACGUAUAUUUUAAGAUAGCAAGACAUAAUUUUUAUAUAUGUUACAUUUAAUCACCACUGUUUCCUUUAUUUAUAGUAUAUAUGACGUAUUAUGUAUAUAAAUAUACACCCUCACAAGUUAAAGUUGUGAUAAUAUCAUAAAUCAAUGUUAACUGUUUGCUUUUUAGAAGUGCUACACAAGGUCAAUAGAAACGUGUAGAUUUUAUUCGUGUUUCCUGCAUAAAGUGUGUUAAAGUUUACUUUCAAUUCGAUUAGAUAUAAGUCAACAUGAAGCUCAAGACUCUUAUUUCAAAAUUUAUAUAUGUAUUUUAGUAUCGUUAUUGAGAUGCAAUGGAUUCUCGGACAGUCUGUUUUUUUCAUUUUAGUUUGUGAGCUGUGUUAUUGUGAAACCAUGAACAUGCCUUCUAACGUUAAUAUUAUUUGCAGCCUUCACAUUGCGUAGAAUUUAUCAGUAGCUUUAGCCGCCCGGCGUAGAAAAGCGGAAGUACAAACAACCUACAUCACAGUAUUGGACACCAUUAUUUGUUUAUUUUAGAGUGCUUUAUUCUUCGUUACAAUUAGAUUGAUUUCAGUCAAAUAAUAUCUAAAACAAUUAUAGCCGUAUCCACUAAAGUAUAGGCAUAAAUUAAAAUACUUUAAUGGUUGAACAUUAAAUUGUAGGUAUUUCUUCAAGAGUUUGCAAACUGUUAUAUAAACACCUUAGAUAUGUUGUCUCUUCCACAUGGAAAUACCGGUUUACAUCUUAAAAGCAUUACGCUGUUAAAACAAUUUGAAUAAUGCAUACCUACCGUAAUAAUGUUGCCUAAGUUACUGUUGUAGUACUUGUAGUUCGCAACUGGUUUUUUUAGUCUUGCUGGUCUUAAUAGUAAAAAUAUUUGAUUUUGAUUAGGGGUUAUUUCCUUAUCAACGUUUUGAGGAAGUAAUGAAGCACACGCAAGUUUUAAUAGUAAUUAAUUACCAGCCUUCAACAAAGAGAGAUAUAAUCACUAAAGUUGUUUUAGUUAUCCAAGAUUUCUUAAUACUAACCAAUUUCUGAUAAUUAUACUUUAAACUGUGGAAAAGAGAAAUAAUAAUAAGAAAACUGCGUAAAUUUAUACAGUCCGGCUUUUAAGACGCGAAGUGAGUUAAGUGAGUUUAUUAUAUAUAUUGACGCUGAUGAUAUUUAAUUAUUUUAAA